CAAUACAGUCUAAACAAACUCUUAUAUAAACUCUUAUAAUCAACUCAAACAAAUCAGCAACCUUUCUUGUUGCCCCCCUUAAAACUUUUUCUCUCUCACUCUCUUUCUACCAAUCCAAUCAUUUAUAUACAAAAAUAAGUAUAAAAAUGGAAUCUUUAUCAGAAGCCAUUACACCAAUAAACAUGUUACUUAUAAUUGUCCCUGUUUUGUUACUGGGAUUAAUUUUCCGAUUCCGGCGACGGCGACUUCCAUUUCCGCCGGGACCAAAAGGGUUACCAAUAAUCGGAAACAUGUCAAUGAUGGACCAAUUAACUCACCGUGGAUUAGCGAAAUUAGCCGAGAAAUACGGAGGCGUUUUCCACAUGAAAAUGGGUUAUCUUCACAUGGUGGCAAUCUCAUCUCCUGAAACAGCUCGUCAAGUUCUUCAAGUUCAAGAUAACAUCUUUUCAAAUCGACCGGCCACCAUAGCCAUUAGCUACCUCACAUACGACCGUGCUGACAUGGCUUUUGCUCACUACGGACCCUUUUGGAGACAGAUGAGAAAGCUCUGUGUUAUGAAGCUUUUUAGCCGUAAAAGAGCAGAGUCAUGGGAAUCUGUUAGGGAUGAAGUUGAUAAGACUAUUCGAACUGUGGCUAAAAAUGUUGGCACAACUGUUAAUGUUGGUGAGUUGGUUUUUAAAUUAACUAUGGAUAUUACUUACAGGGCAGCUUUUGGUUCGAGUGAACAAGAGAAUCAAGAUGAGUUUAUUAGGAUUCUUCAAGAGUUUUCUAAACUAUUUGGGGCUUUUAAUAUUGCUGAUUUCAUUCCUUGGCUUACUUGGGUUGAUCCACAAGGUCUUAAUACAAGACUACCUAAAGCUCGUAAAGCAUUAGAUGGAUUCAUCGAUAGAAUCAUCGAUCAACACAUUGACAAAAGAGCUAAAACCAAUGGUGUUGUUGAUGAUUCUGAAUCUGAUAUGGUUGAUGAUUUGUUAGCUUUUUAUAGUGAUGAAGCUACUGUUAAUGAAUCUUCUGAUGAUCUUCAAAACGCUAUUAGACUCACUAGAGACAACAUCAAAGCAAUCAUUAUGGAUGUUAUGUUUGGUGGUACUGAAACGGUUGCUUCUGCGAUUGAAUGGGCUAUGUCUGAGCUAAUGAAAACCCCAGAAGAACUCAAGAAAGUUCAGCAAGAAAUCGCUGACGUAGUCGGACUUGACCGGAGAUUGGAAGAGUCAGAUUUCGAGAAACUAACUCUGUUGAAAUGUGCUCUGAAAGAGACCCUUAGACUCCACCCACCGAUUCCUCUCCUUCUCCACGAGACGGCGGAGGAUGCUGAAGUGGCGGGCUAUUACGUGCCGAAGAAAUCGCGCGUGAUGAUCAACGCAUGGGCUAUAGGUCGUGAUAAGAGCUCGUGGGUCGACCCCGAUUCGUUUAAACCGGGUCGGUUUAUGAAGGAAGGUGUUGCUGAUUUUAAAGGGAGUAAUUUUGAGUUUAUUCCGUUCGGGUCGGGUCGGAGGUCUUGCCCUGGUAUGCAACUUGGGCUUUACGCGCUUGAAUUGGCGGUGGGACACCUUCUCCAUUGUUUCACGUGGGAAUUACCUGAUGGUAUGAAACCGAGUGAACUCGAUAUGAGUGACACGUUUGGACUCACUGCGCCGAGAACGAGUCGACUCAUGGCUGUACCGAGUAAGCGUGUGGUCUGUCCCAUCUGAUUAUCUCUCUUUUGAAAAUUUGGACACAUGUGAAUUUGGAGUUUUAAUAUGGCUUUUAUUAUCAUUAUUAUUAUUACUAUUAAUAUUAAUGUUACUCUCCUUUUUCUUUUUUAAUUUUGAUUUCCUUUUUGAAAAAAAAAAUUGAGAAAAUUUAGAUGAGAAAGGAAAGGAAUCAUAAAAAAAAUAAUAAUUGAAGUGAAAAGACAAUAUAUGGUGAAGAAGAAAAAAAAAAGUUGGAGAUUCUCUUAAUUUGUGUAUAAGAUCUCUCUUUUUAAUUAUAUAAAUUUGUAUAAACUUUUAUUAUCUUGUAUUUUCAUUUGAUGAAAAACAAUUUGAAUAAAGUUGAACCACACAAAAUGUAAUUUGAGUUUGAAGAAUUAAGGAAAUUAAAGGUGAAUUGUGUUAUUA